CUCUCUGGGUAUGGCGCCGAGCAAGGUAAGGCACUGCCGGCGAUAGGACGAUUCGGUGCUCCCGGAGCUCGGCAUUGUUCUCCUGCUGUCGAUAAUCGGCGCUUGCAAGAGCGAGGUGCAUUCGCAGCGAUGACUGUGAGCGAUCAGACCUCUGUCUAUGUUGGCGGCUUGGCAUACGAUGUCACGGAGGACUUGAUUCGCUCCACGUUCGAGGAGUUUGGAGAAAUCGACAAAGUCAAGAUUAUUCAAGACCACGAUGGGCAGUCCCGGGGCUAUGGAUUUAUCACUUUUGCCACUUCGGAGGCUGCUAAUGGUGCCAUCUACGGAAUGAAUGGAAAGGUUGUUGCUGGACGGUCCAUCAGAGUGAACGAAGUGAAGAACCGGGGUGGCCGUGACUCGUACUCGUACAGAGACAGGGAUAGCCGGAGGGAUAGAGAAGACAGGCGGGACAGAUACGGGCGCUAUUCUCCAAAGCGAAGACGUCGUGACCGCUCUCCUUAUUAUCGUAGAUAUCGGUCUCCGCGAGACGAUACAAGCCGGUCCGUGAGUCCGUCUCCAGUCUCAAGCUACGAUCGCUACGACAGUACCAAAGCUGAGAAAACAAAAACCUCCAAGGAACAUAACGGCGAUAAUAGCAAGGUGAAAGAGGAGCUUGCAAAAGCUCUUGAAUUGCAACGAGAUCGGCGGGAACAGGUAGCGGCUUUGCAAAGCGACCUCAACCGUGCGAACAAAACAAGUGAAGAGAUGCUGAACAAGAACAAGGGUCUGGAGCAGUCUCUGGCAAAUGUUACGUCGAUGUUCAACAGCCAUCUUGACUACCUCAGACAGAUGAAACAAGCGUUUGCGGAUGUGAGGAACUGCAAGGAGAAGCUGAGGCUCGCGGAGCAUGACCUCGAGAUGGCGUUCACGGACGCAGUACUGGGCUUCGAAAGUUUGGACCCACCUCUUCCACACUCAAAUGGGGAAAUAAAGUACCUUGAGGCCUCCAAGGGAUUUUGAGGGCGAUGCCAUUACGACUGCUUUGGAUUGUUCUGAGCGACCAGGCUAUCAGUCCAAAGGUACGUUGGUAUUUUAACACAGGCAGCCGUGUUGUUGUUGUACGCAGAUCAAAUACAUGUUUCAUCCUAUUUACACAUACCAAGUACUUUCCCCUCACGUUUAUAAGUUGCGGAAUUCUCUUGCUGGCUUGGGACAGACACUGGCAAUCUCCUUCUUUUCAUCACUUAAACUACAACGAACCAAGGACAAUUUUCUCCUUUCCAGCUAGCUUUCGCUCUCUGUCCGUGUGGAUCUCUCCUCAAAGCUAUCGGCUUUUUCCUCUUUUUUCUUGAGUUGCACUGUGGCCGCUCGCUCUCUCUUCUUUGACUGCAAGACUAGGACGUGACGGACAGCUCCGGCGGAGUUUUUAUGGCUUGUUUGACUUUGCUUCCUUUCCAGAUAUCUGGGGUUUUAUCGCGCUCAAGCGAUUUUCUCGCGUGAGACGAGCCGGCAAGAAAAGGAAAGAUUUCCACAGGCGCGCAUGAGGGAAAUGCUAUGGAGUGUUACAACGUGCCAAAGUAAUCACAUCGUCACACAGGCA